AUGUUAUUCUACUCAUUCUUUAAAUCAUUAGUUGGUAAAGAUGUGGUUGUAGAAUUGAAAAAUGAUCUCAGUAUUUGUGGAACUUUACAUUCCGUUGAUCAAUAUCUGAAUAUAAAAUUGUCAGAUAUAAGCGUCAUAGAUCCGGAUAAAUAUCCUCACAUGCUGUCUGUGAAGAAUUGUUUUAUUCGUGGUUCCGUAGUACGCUAUGUACAAUUACCAGCAGAUGAAGUUGAUACCCAAUUACUUCAAGACGCAGCUAGGAAGGAAGCGACAGUAUCAACAAGAUAG